UUAGUUUUUGUCUAUAUUUUUUUUUUGUCCACCAUUGCUUCUGCCAUAGGUCCACCAUAUGUAUAUGGCAGAUUUUUGGCUUACAGCCAUAAGCUGUCAUCCACUAUUGAUAACCUUGGUGUUUUUAAGAAUUAUGUUAAUGACUUUAUGUGAUGAGAUUUUGAGACUUUGAUAAUUGUUAUGACAUUGUUUUUUUUUUUUUAGAUUUAUGAUAUUUACUUGAAUUUUAGUUUAUUAUUAUACUGUUUUUUUUAGAUUUGUGAUUUGGAAAAUUGGCCUUCCGAUUCUUGAUUUGUAUCCCGAUUCAAUUACCAUGCUUCAGCCAUAGGCCAUCAUGCCAUCUGCCAUAUGUGUAUUGCGGAUUUGUGGAUUUUUAGCUCACCGCCAUAGGCUGUUAUUUGCUAUUGAUAAACCUUGAUUGGGAAACUGAGCAGUUGUAGAAGGGGAAAUCCUUGGAAGGAGUAUUCUCCCUUUUCUAUUUUCCACUCAGUCAAUCAUGACAGAACUGUUCUUUCUUUUCUCCUUUAUUUCUCAGCUAUCUUUCUCAUGGAUCUGUAAUUGAAGGAAUACAAUUUUGCAAUAUUUCCAGUGUAUCUUUCGGAAACCAAAAAAGUGCAAGGAGCGUCACAAAAUUUUAAUGGAUAGAACUUCUGGGGAUGGUGCAGAUAGCGCGGAAGACUCAGGGUCUUCUCAGUCUUAUCCGUCUACACUACCUGGAAUUCCAAAGCAGGGUAGUGCCCGACAGUUGUUUCAACGUUUGCAAGGACCAAUGGAGGAGGAUACUCUGAAGUCUCAUUUUGAUAAAAUUAUCAAGAUUGGGCAGAAGCAACGCUACCACAGGAAUCAGAAUGAUAACCAACCAUUAGUACCUGUCCAUAAUUCACACGGGAUUGCUCUUUCCCAAAUCUGCCCGAACAACUUGAAUGGAAAUGUUUUGACAUAAGUUCUAUUUGAUUUGAUUUGAUUUUUUUGUUGGGUGGUGGU